AUGUCUCUCCAGGUUCCCCACCGAGGCAAGGAGCAGCCCGCCACCAAGGCCGUAAUUCUGGUUGGCGGCCCUUCGCGCGGAACUCGAUUCCGGCCUCUCAGUCUCGACGUCCCCAAGCCCCUCUUCGAGGUUGCGGGCCACCCCAUCAUCUGGCACUGUGUCUCUGCCCUCAGCAAGCUCACCACCAAGCACCUUCAGGAGGUCUACAUCAUUGGUUAUUACGAGGAGCAGAUCUUCCAGAACUUCAUCAAGGAAGCCUCGAGCGAGUUCCCCGGCCUCUCUAUCAAGUACCUCCGUGAAUACGAGGCCCUCGGCACUGCUGGUGGUCUCUACCAUUUCAGGGAUGCCAUCCUCAAGGGUCGUCCUGAGCGCCUCUUCGUGCUCAAUGCCGAUAAGGAUGCCGAGGCCGUCAUUCUCGGCACCAAGGUCUCCAACGAGGCCGCCAGCAACUUUGGCUGCAUCGUCUCCGACGCCCACACCCGCCGCGUGCUUCACUACGUCGAGAAGCCCGAGAGCCAUAUCAGCAACCUCAUCAACUGCGGUGUCUACUUGUUUAGCACAGAGGCAAUCUUCCCUAGCAUUAGGAAUGCCAUUAAGCGCCGAACUGACCGCCCCUCCCGUCUGGUCUCCUAUCCCAGCUCCGACAACCUCGAGAGCAGCAUGAUCCUCGACGAUGACGUAGAGAACAAGAACGAGGUCAUUCGUCUUGAGCAGGACAUCCUUAGCGAUCUUGCCGACAACAAGCAGUUCUUCGUCUACGAGACCAAGGACUUCUGGCGCCAGAUCAAGACUGCUGGUUCCGCCCUCGGUCCCAACGUUUCCGUCGGUCCCCGCGUCCACGUCGGCGCCGGUGCCCGUGUCAAGGAGUCUAUCGUUCUCGAGGACUCCGAGAUCAAGCACGACGCUUGCGUCCUCCAUUCCAUCAUUGGUUGGGGCUCGCGCGUUGGUGCCUGGGCCCGUGUCGAAGGUACUCCCAUUGCUGCCAACAGCCACACUACCAGCAUCGUCAAGAACGGUGUCAAGGUCCAGAGCAUCACCAUCCUCGGCAAGGACUGCGCUGUCGGCGACGAGAUCCGUGUCCAGAACUGCGUCUGCCUGCCCUACAAGGAGCUAAAGAGGGACGUCUCCAACGAGAUCAUUAUGUAA